AGAGAGAGAGGCUGGGGUCCGUUUUCCAACACUUCCUAUACAUGCUGCACAGCCAAAGUCAAUCUCCACCAGUCCAUACUAACACAGAGUCAACAGGAGGAGGAGGGCACCACUGGAGCAACAGACAUGUCAGGCAUGGACAACAUGGACCGAGGUUUCUUCCGGAAGGUAGACGUGCCAGACCAAGCUCAUUACAUCGUGGCCUGCUUCGUUGUGGUGAUCGGAGCAGUGGGGGUCGGUGGGAAUGCCCUGGUGAUGUACGCCUUCUUCAGUAACAAGAAGCUCCGGACUCCUCCCAACUAUUUCAUCAUGAAUCUGGCAGUGAGUGACUUCCUCAUGGCCAUCACACAGUCCCCUAUCUUCUUUGUCAACUGUCUCUACAAGGAGUGGGUUUUUGGAGAAACAGGCUGUAAGAUGUACGCCUUCUGUGGGGCCUUAUUCGGGAUCACCUCCAUGAUCAACCUGCUGGCUAUCUCCAUUGACCGCUACAUCGUCAUCACCAAGCCCCUACAGGCCCUCCACUGGACCUCUAAACGCCGCACCUCCGUCGUCAUCGUCAUAGUCUGGCUCUACUCGCUGGCCUGGAGCCUGGCGCCUCUCUUUGGCUGGAGUUCGUAUAUCCCUGAGGGCCUGAUGACCUCCUGUACGUGGGAUUAUGUGACCUCCACACCAGCCAAUAGGAGUUACACUCUCAUGCUAUGCAUCUUUGUGUUCUUCAUCCCACUGGGCAUCAUCUCCUACUGCUACCUCUGCAUGUUCCUGGCCAUACGCACUGCCAGUAGAGACAUGGAGAAACUGGGCAGUCAGGUGAGGAAGUCCACCCUCAUCCAGCAGCAGUCCAUAAAGACAGAGUGGAAGCUGGCCAAGAUCGCGUUUGUGGUCAUCAUAGUCUAUGUGAUGUCCUGGUCUCCCUACGCCUGCGUCACCCUCAUCGCCUGGGCUGGCUAUGGACGUGCCCUCAGCCCCUACUCCAAGGCCGUCCCUGCUGUCAUUGCCAAAGCCUCAGCCAUCUAUAACCCUUUCAUCUAUGCCAUCAUCCACUCUAAGUACAGAGACACUCUGGCAGAGAAAGUUCCCUGUCUGCACUUCCUGGCCCAACCCCUCAGGAAGGGCUGUAUCUCUAUGUCCAACAGCGAGUCCUCCUUCAGGGACCCUAUGCUCAGCAGACAGUCCUCCACCUCCAAGACCAAGUUCCAUAAAGUGUCCUCCAUGUCCACCGGAGACACACAGGUGUGGAGUGACGUGGAGCUGGACCCCUACGACCAGCAGAGCCAGUCUCUGAGAAUCAGCCACUCCUCUGGAGCUCUGAGAGUGAAGGAGUGCAGACAGUCAGCCCAGCAGCAGGCAGAAAAAGGUAAGUGUGACCAGGGAGGAGGCUGUGGAGGGGUGGCAGGAGGAGGAGAAGACCCAGGAGAGAGCCCCCCCAGUCAGCUCAGGAGGAGGUGGAGGAGCCACCCCCCUGCCGCCCCACCACCAGCCUCCUCACCCCCCAGGUCCCCCAGCACACUGAACAAACACAGAGACUGUGAGGUUCAACACAUCAUCAUCAGCCCCUCGUCAGAGACGACGGGGCACUCUACGGGGCAUGGAGCACAGACCUGUGAGGGGAACAUGGUACUGGGCCUGCAGAGCUUAAACUGCUCCAAUGAACUGCUGGAGUUGGUUGAAAAGUUCCUGUCCUGAAACCCCCCUGGGGAGUCUGUCUGAAGUCUUUGAUGUAUGCAUGAUGUGUGGAUGUGGUACUGUCACAAUAUUGUACAAUACAGACAAUAGAGAGCAAGUGAGGAUUGGCAUGGUCCAAGAAGGUUAUACUUAUGUUAAAUACAAUCAGCUGUAAACAGAAUCACCUUUAAUCGCUACUGUUCUUCAGUCGCAACACUCUGUGUGUAGCCAAUCAGCUUCUAAUGCUUUCCCAACUGUCAGAGUAUGUGUAAUCUACUGUAUGAUCUUCACACACUUCUGUCCAGUGGUUGUCUUAUGUAUGGCCUAUUUUAAUGUUUUAAUGACAAACAAAUAUCUCAUGACAAACAAUCCUUUGGUCUCCUACUGCAGGCUACUGAGUAAGUUGUCCUAUACCUGCUUUAAGUCCUGAGUAGAAUCUACCAUCACCGCACAAGGACGUAAGGACACUGUAAAGACUUGGAUGGACUUGUUUUUUGGUGAUCAACCCAGCAGGUUGAAGGAUCUUUCUGAAAGUGCUAAAACCAAGAACCACAUAAUAUAAGGACCAACUGAUUCACCAGAAAUCAAUAAGACAAAAGAUCCAGUUGAUUCAAACCAAAUGAUGCAGCCCAAUCCAAAUACAUAUAAAACAUCUAGACUAGAGAGAGUUAGAAAGGCUCAAGCACUGUUACUAUACAUACGAAACACUUUCCUUAGGGUGAAACUUUGUGUAAAGGAGGAGUAUAGAAAAUGUAGUAAUUUCGGAAUUUUGGAAACUAAAUCAUAUAAUUACUGAAAUGUUUAGAGUAUUUUGUGUGUGGCUGUACAAGGUUUGAUUACCACUUGUUUUUCAACCGUCUACUACUGGGUUUGUAAUCCCCAUGGACUGUGGAGCAUUUCCUUAUUAUCUGUCACAAGUACUGUAUGUUCUAUUGUAUGUGCACAUGUACAGUAUUUCCUGUAGGUACCAGAUUACUAUUAAAUUAUGGGUUUAUACUAUGUGUGGCUUUGAGAAGAAGGGUGGGGGUUUCUAUAUCAAACUCUGAAUAACCCUGAUCGAACCUAAAGUCAUAUUUUGGAAGGGAGCUCGAUGCCGGUGUGAUAUUGGUUAGGUGUCUUUACCUGUGGGAUAUGUGUUCUUUUAGAUGAGGAAAUACUUUUACUGCAUAAACUCAAAU